GCGACGGGUUGGGCUUGGCCUCAGGGCGUCCCUGGAUCCCUAGUGCGCUUGGGGAUCUCCGGCUCGGACGCCGAGAGCAGAGACAGCGCUCGAGCUUGUCACUUUAAAUUAAAGAGGGAGCGGGCGGGCGAGCGGGAGAGAGCGAGGAAGCGCGCGGCUGGCUCCUGGGAGCGUGCCCGGACUGCGGCGCAGCUCCCGUCCGCCGCCCCGGCCCGGCCGAGCCCCCUGCCCGCGCCGCGCUCCUCGGAGGCGGGCGCCCAGCGACACUGCAGGGGUGGCGUGGCCACCGGCGGCCGGGCUAGGCGCGGGUGCGUGCGCGCUGCGGGAGGCGUGCCGGGAGCCGGAGUCCAACCGGAGCAGCGGCCCCUCCGCGGAGCCCCGUCAUAGGCACCGCAGCAGGCAUCAUGGCCGUGGAUGUGGCAGAAUACCAUCUGAGCGUCAUCAAGAGCCCCCCUGGCUGGGAGGUGGGUGUCUAUGCUGCAGGGGCCCUGGCCCUGCUGGGAAUCGCCGCUGUGAGCCUGUGGAAGCUCUGGACGUCGGGGAGCUUCCCCAGCCCCUCUCCGUUUCCCAAUUACGACUACAGGUACCUCCAGCAGAAGUACGGCGAGAGCAACGCAGAGGCCAGGCAGAAGAGAGUGCCUGCCUGGAAUACCCAGCGGGGCAGCAUGCGGGGAACACCCAGCCGUAAAGGCAGCCUCAGCAUGGAGGACACCUUCGAGAGCAUCAGUGAACUGGGGCCCCUGGAGCUGAUGGGCCGGGAGCUGGACCUGGCGCCGUACGGGACCCUCCGGAAGUCCCAGUCGGCUGACUCCCUGAACUCCAUCUCCUCCGUGAGCAACACCUUUGGGCAGGAUUUCACACUGGGCCAGGUGGAGGUGAGCAUGGACUACGACGCCGCCUCCCACACCCUGCACGUGGCGGUGCUGCAGGGCAAGGACCUCCUGGAGCGGGAGGAGGCCAGCUUCGAGUCCUGCUUCAUGCGCGUCAGCCUGCUGCCCGACGAGCAGAUUGUGGGCAUUUCCCGGAUCCAGAGGAAUGCCUACUCCAUCUUUUUUGAUGAGAAGUUCUCCAUCCCCCUGGAUCCCACCGCCCUGGAAGAGAAGAGCCUGCGGUUUUCUGUAUUUGGCAUUGACGUGGACGAGCGGAACGUCAGCACGGGGGUGGUGGAGCUGAAGCUUUCUGUGCUUGACCUCCCACUGCAGCCCUUCAGUGGCUGGCUCUAUUUACAGGACCAGAACAAGGCUGCCGACGCUGUGGGGGAGAUCCUGCUCUCCCUCAGCUACCUCCCCACAGCCGAGCGCCUCACCGUGGUCGUGGUUAAGGCCAAGAAUCUCAUCUGGACCAAUGACAAGACCACAGCAGACCCCUUCGUCAAGGUGUACCUGCUGCAGGAUGGGAGGAAGAUGAGCAAAAAGAAGACAGCUGUGAAGAGGGACGACCCUAACCCGGUGUUCAACGAAGCCAUGAUCUUCUCGGUGCCAGCCAUUGUGCUCCAGGACCUGUCUCUCCGUGUGACGGUGGCUGAGAGCAGCAUCGACGGCCGUGGGGACAACGUGGGCCAUGUCAUCAUUGGGCCGUCGGCCAGCGGCAUGGGAACCACACACUGGAACCAGAUGUUGGCCACGCUGCGCAGGCCCGUGUCCAUGUGGCACGCUGUCCGGCGAAACUAGCAACCAGGGCGGGCCAGGUGGGCAGUGGCGCUGCCGGAGCCUGGCACCCACUCGGCUCUGUCUGAUGCCCUCUUCAUAGCCCAGCUGGAGCCGUGAACACUGGGGUCCCCUGGCAGAGCCCUCAUGAGCCAUCCUGGUCUCUCUGUCCAGAUUGCAGCAGAGGAGUGGACGUGGCUCUGUGUCCGGGACCCCAGGGUCUUCUCCCGAUGAGGACCAGCUGUGCUGGGCCAGGACCAAGGGAGGCUCUGAGCACUGGACAGCUGUGUUCCGUCUCAAGCUCCCCCAACCCUGCUCCUCCGGGGAGGCCAGCUGCCGAGCCAGGCCAUGUUCUGGAACCCAGCGAAUCUUGGGGGCCAGGCACUGUGCUGGGUAACACGAACAAGAAGUGGCCCCUAGGACAUCAGGAAGACAAGCUCCCCUCCGCCAGAGGAUCUGUGCAGUGCUGAUGGUGACCCAGCUGUGUGGACCCAGGGGGCUUUGAGGGCUGGGGAACAGGGAGGUUCUCUUUGACGACGUACAAGCUGCGCUUGGAGGGACAGGGAAAGAACCGAGCAUGUCCCAGGCAGCGGGCCCAGCCUGAGCAAUGGCAGGAUGUGAACUUUCCCAUCGCACAUGCAGUCCUAACCGCACUGCAGUGGAUACAAGGAAGGGCCUCUCUCUGGGGCAGAGAAGAGACCAAGAGACCAGGCCCAGGCAGAAGCCCGCCGGCCACGUGGAACUCUGGCUCUGGAGUUAUUCUGUGAAAUCUACUCCCCAGACCUCAACUACGGCAAGAACCAGAGGUCCGAAG